AUGUGUGGGAUGUGCACCAGGUGCGUGGUAUGUGUUGUCCUCUUCAACCUACGAGCUUCCAAAAGUCAGGAUGACUGGCCAACAUGCAGCAAUCGAGAGUUCCGCGAUGAUGAAGUAGAACCUGGAGGCCUGAAGCUUCUUGGAGUCAAGGAGAGCCCCUUGGGCUUUUUCCCGCACCAUCAAGCUGCAAUGACGCAUGAACACUUCUUCCAGCAGCUUCGGGAAGUGCUGACCGAUGACUGCCCGCGCAUAUUUGUGGAAGUUGCGUUGCAGCCGGCUGCUGGUCCUAUGAUGAAUUGGUCUUCCACAUCAUUGUGGCUGCGCUACUUUAACCAUUCGGGAAUGGUUCUGGCUAUCGACCCAGUGAACGACUUCCUCAAGCAUCAUGCGGAUGCAUUGCAGAAGGAGCCAUGGGUAUCAGCAACCAGGUCUAUGAAGGUGGAGCACAUGCACGCUAGCCUGGGCACAACAGAUGGAGCGGACGGGCAGGCAACCUCAAAGGAAGACGGUGGCCGUGCUGACUCUCAAGACGAGGUCAGAAGACUUUGCGAAACCGGCCCUGCAAUAGACACUGCGGAUCAUCCGUGCUUCUACAUUCGCAGGCGCGAUUCUUGGCCUCAGCUGGACUUCCAUUCGCCUACCCUGACGUUUGAUACCAUAUGGAAACGUUCUUUGGGUGGUAAGCACAUUGACUUUCUGGACAUCGGCUCAAAUUUUGCUCGUUUGCUGAAGGGAUUCUCAAAAUCUAUCUCUGCCAGAGCAUUCACUGUGAUUGCUUUUCAAGUCAAUCAAAGAUGGACAAGGGCAGAGCUUCAACAGGUGGUGGCAUAUUUGGACAAGUUUGAGUACUUCUCAAUGUUUCCUUUGGUUUGCAAAGACAGCAGCCAAGUGGGCACUUUUGAUUACUAUGGUCCGGGUGGAGAGAAAGUUGGACCAACAACAUAUCUCCCUGUUAGCUCCACUGACAUCAAUGUGAUUGACUGGGAGAAGAUGCCAUUUCCACAGGAUGUUAUUUCGUUGGAUCUUCGACAACCCGAAAUUUUCAAGAUUAUCCAACUUGGUGAUGCACAGUGCGAUUCUGAGGAUGAUUCAGUGUGUGGUUCAGAUGAUGAGCAGUGCAGAGCAGGAGAUGCAGCAACUUCAAGACCACCUGAGCGUCCACAGUUGUUCAGGGUGAGCAAAUCUGGUUCAAGGUCCAUUACCCUUGAGUGGAGGCCACACCCCGAUGGGCCAACACCAGAUAGUUAUUUGCUGCGGCUGGAGCCUGGAGCGCUUGAAGAAACCAUUGACCAUGAUACAUUUGAUGCAUUGAGCAGUUUGCAAUCAUACACAAUCAACGGCUUGCGGCCUAGUGUGGAGUAUACUAUCAGCUUGCGUGCUUUAGGCAUUGGAGGAGAAAGUAGCAAAGUGACUCUUUCUCAUCGCACAGAACUGGAAGAGGUUCCUUCACUUGAUUCCUUCACUUCAUAUGAUAUCAUUGAGGGUAUGCAUUGUGGCAUGGGUGCUGCAGAGGAAGUUCAGCCUGCAGGUCCGAGCCCGUCAGGUGCUUCAUAUUUCCCUGGGGUUGGUGACGUUAAAGGCUGUCAGAUCCGCUGUGAAGGCAACAGGCAAUGCAUUGCCUUUCAGGUUCAUGAAGGAAACGCUUGUUGGCUUUACAGGCGGAAACCAGAUCGACGCUUGGGACGAUCAGAUUUCGGUUGGUGGCUGUUCGCCCUGCUUGGGAAGCAGGAGAUAUACCAGCGUUCGUGA